CCCGGGAGCGCGGCUUUCGGGUUGUACCCCAACCCGGGCUGCGGCCUGAGGCGGUGCUGCGCAUGCGCGAGGUUGUUGGCGGAACUGGCGCACGUUAGCGAGGUUGGCGUUUGGCAUCGUCCCACGGUUGUCAUUUGCCUGGAGACUUCCCUACCGUGGCCCAGCCCUGUUGGGGAGCAGGCAUCCCUGACCUCGGGGAAGGCGCCUACGGAGUUUCUCCAUCUCUUCCCACUCGCCGCCCUGCAUAGGGUGCUGAUGUUUUCAUUUCUGUCACCUGGAACCUUUCGGUUCCCAUCCAGUCGAUCAGUUUACCUAGCUCCUGUCCCCGAACCGGCUCACUAACUUAUUAUGCUUUCGAUAUUUGGCCCUGAUGGCGAGGGAUAGCGCAGAAAGUUUGACUACACUGGGUGAAGCUGUUUUGAAACUGAUAGGAACGGAUGGAGAGAAAUCGCCAUAAAUCUUUAUUUUAAGCCGGAAGAUAAUUGCUCGGCUCAGCCCCGGAAAUAGAGAUUUUCAGACGCUGAAAACUUUCCAAGUGCUCCACCUUGGCCGAGAAAGAACUUCCUGCUUGAGUUGGAAGCCGGUACAGGCUACUCUGUCGUCUUUGAAGAUGUUAGAUGUGGGCAAGUGGCCAAUUUUCUCCCUUUGUUCUGAGGAAGAACUGCAGUUAAUUCGUCAGGCUUGUGUCUUUGGCAGUGCUGGCAAUGAAGUUUUAUAUACUACAGUAAAUGACGAGAUUUUUGUGCUUGGCACAAACUGCUGUGGCUGUUUAGGAUUAGGUGAUGUCCAGAGCACCAUCGAACCUCGGAGACUGGAUUCUUUAAGUGGCAAAAAAAUAGCCUGCCUCAGCUAUGGGAGUGGUCCACACAUUGUCCUUGCCACAACAGAAGGAGAAGUCUUUACCUGGGGUCAUAAUGCUUAUAGCCAGCUGGGCAAUGGGACAACUAAUCAUGGUUUAGUGCCAUGUCAUAUCUCUACUAAUUUGUCAAACAAACAAGUGAUUGAAGUUGCCUGUGGGUCUUACCAUUCUUUGGUGCUAACAUCUGAUGGAGAGGUGUUUGCCUGGGGUUAUAAUAACUCUGGGCAGGUAGGAUCUGGAUCUACAGCUAACCAGCCGAUCCCGCGGAGAGUCACUGGCUGCUUACAGAAUAAAGUAGUUGUGAACAUAGCGUGUGGGCAGAUGUGCUCAGUGGCGGUGGUGGACACAGGGGAGGUCUAUGUCUGGGGUUACAAUGGAAACGGGCAGCUCGGACUCGGCAGUAGUGGCAACCAGUCAACCCCCUGUAGAAUAGCAGCUUUGCAAGGCAUUCGUGUCCAGCGGGUUGCCUGUGGCUACGCACACACAUUAGUAUUAACAGAUGAAGGCCAAGUGUAUGUGUGGGGCGCAAAUUCUUAUGGCCAAUUGGGCAUUGGCAAUAAAAGUAACCUGUCCUAUCCUACUCCUGUCGUUGUGGAAAAGGACAGAAUUAUAGAGAUUGCAGCCUGCCACUCUGCCCACACCUCUGCCGCCAAGACCCAGGGGGGCCACGUGUACAUGUGGGGCCAGUGCCGCGGACAGUCGGUGGUCCUGCCUCACCUCACCCACUUCUCCUGCACGGAUGACGUGUUUGCCUGUUUUGCCACUCCCGCUGUCUCGUGGCGCCUCCUGUCUGUAGAACCUGAUGACCACCUCACAGUGGCUGAGUCACUGAAAAGGGAAUUUGACAACCCUAACACCGCAGACCUGAAAUUUCUGGUGGAUGGAAAGUAUAUUUAUGCACAUAAAGUCCUCCUCAAAAUUAGGUGUGAACAUUUUCGUUCUUCGUUGGAAGACAGUGAGGAUGAUAUUGUAGAAAUGAGUGAAUUUUCAUAUCCUGUUUACCGAGCCUUCCUGGAAUACCUGUACACAGACAGCAUCAACCUUCCCCCUGAGGAGGCAGUAGGGUUGCUAGAUUUGGCUACAUUUUAUAGAGAAAAUCGUUUGAAAAAGCUCUGCCAACAAACUAUCAAGCAAGGAAUCUGUGAGGAAAAUGCCAUUGCUCUGCUCUCUGCUGCUGUGAAGUACGACGCUCAGGAUUUAGAAGAAUUCUGCUUCAGGUUUUGCAUAAACCAUUUGACUGUAGUAACACAAACUUCAGGCUUUGCAGAAAUGGACCACGAUCUCCUCAAGAACUUUAUCAGCAAAGCAAGCAGAGUUGGAGCCUUUAAAAAUUGAUCCUCUCACCUGCAGGAAACAAUUUUUAACACUUCCAUUUUCCCUGCAAAAGCCAGAGAAUGACUUUUCUAUAAUAGUAUUUAUGAUGAGCUACAUUUGGCUGAAUACUUAACUGUUAAAAGGAUGGCGGUGGUCAGUCUUCCCCAUCGGCUGAAAUCCAAAGUUGACAAUGAAGGCAUUAAAUGCUCUGAUCAGAAGUGAGUAAGCUCCAGGGGGAAAACAAUUAAAAUAUCUUUUUAUAUUUACCAUGUCUUCUUUUGAGUCUCUUAAGUUAGAAACUUUUGGCAUAUCCGUCUGAGUAUACGCUAUUCUGGCCAAGGUUCCACUAUUCAGCAGGCUGAUCUCAUGUAGAUAGCUUGACAAAUACUGUCACUUCCACACUUUCUGCAUCCAGCACAGUGCCUUGCAUAUAGUAGGCACUCAAUUUUUAAAUAAAUCUUAAGUUUGCCUUGAGAACAGCUUUGUUUGUGGGAUACUGGAUGAAGGAAAAACUUGCACAAAAACAAAUUUCAAACAGCUGGUAUCUAUUAAGGCUCAUAUUCUUCUGGUGCAUCGUUCUGAGAAAUAGUGGCUAAUUUAGAGCAUUAAUUAGAAUUCACAAAAGGGCUUGGCAAUUAAAUUGUCAAAAGCCCAAGGGCUAACUUUAAUUUUCUAUUUACUCUGAGUCAUUGAUUUCUCCUAUGGGAUUAUUGAAUAUGAAGUACUAUCUUUGAAUGAAUGUUAUUUCUGGGCUCAUCUGCCUUAUAUAAUUGCCUUUGUGUUAAGAGAGAUUUGCCUCUGUAAGUAAAAAAAAAAUGAUUAUGUGUUUUUCUUGUAGUUGACUUUUGCAUCACUAUAAAUCAGGUCUCAACCUGGCACUGUAUAAAGUACUAGCUGAAAAGGAGCUAAUACUUACAUUUCAUGUACAACAUUAAGAAUGAGAUAAAUUUAUACUUUUUAGAUCAAAACAAGUUGCCCAACUAUGAAAGAGAAACUGGAAUGGGAUGUAGGACGUAGCAUCAAAGUUUCCUAAGAGGUAUUCCACAGGAUGAUACUAUGUAAAGAAAACUCUUUUGGAGUUAGAAACCUUGUUCUGAUGCUGGACUAUUUGAUAAUAAAGUGCUUAUUUGCAGAUAAUAGAA